AGAGCCGGGAUGGCGACGGAUAUUACCCCUGAAGCGAUCGGGUUCCUCUCGGCUGUUGGGGUCUUCAUCAUCCUUCUCACCAUCUUGUUUCUCUUCAUCAACAAGAAGCUCUGCUUUGCAAACAUAGGGGGUUUCCCCUGCUUGGAACAACGGGGGAAGAGCAAGAGCUAUCGAGAAAGGUCUGGGGUUCAUGAGGGACUUGUAAACAGUUACGGGGAGGAUGAGGAUCUAACAACGUCCUCCGACAGCGACGACGAGGUGAUAAAGCAGUUCGAGAUCUCCGUCUCACGUUCCCAGAGCUUUCGGUCUGGAGUUUCCGAAAAAGGGACGCAGGCAGGUUCGGAGCGUAGGCCCAAAUUCAACCGCUUGCUGUCGAGCCACGAAGAAUACAGUACAGAGGGAUCGGAAUGCGAAGAUCUGGAUGGGUUCAGCCAACUGAGUUACCAAGACAACCUGUCUUAUCACGAGGAUGACCGCCUCUCCUUCGAUUCAAGAACUGCGUCGGAGAGCAGGGGCUCUGGUCAGCCCAAAGACCCCGAAAUGGAGGGCAGUGCAACACCCAGCCUCAGCCGUCAAGAAACUGAAGGCAGUUUGGAAAUGGAAACAGCCUUUAGUAAUCAAGCCUUUGAAGGAAACGACGCAACAGAUAGCUCAUCAGCCUGGACCCCAGAGGAACCCGACGGAGUGCAUGCCCUCCCGGUUCACCCCAGCGCCCACGAGCCCAUUUCCAAGUGCGGCGACUUAGACGUCCUCUUUGACUACAGGCCCUCCAGCCAAAAGUUGGUGGUGACUGUCCUGGAAGCGAAAGAGAUCCCCGACAAGGACCGGAGCGGGGCAAGUGCCUGGCAGGUCCACACGGUCCUGAUGCCCAAUAAGAAACAGCGGGGGAAGACCGGCGUCCAGAGAGGCCCCAGUCCAGUCUUUAAGGACAAGAUGACCUUCAGCAAGCUGGCCCCCGAGGAGCUGAGUGGCUAUGCCCUCCGAUUCCGCCUCUACGCAGUGCGCAAAAUGAUCAAGGAGCGGAUGAUGGGCGAGCGGCUCUUUCAUCUCAGGAACCUCAACCAGGAGGGGGAAAUGAAGGUGACGCUGGUCCUGGAGCCCAGAAGCAACCUGCGCCGCGGAGGCUCCCAGAUCAGCCUGUCCGCCAUCUCUCACAGCGACAGCGCCUCUUCGACCCAGUCCUUGUCUCAUGGAGGGGUGCCCGAGCUGCUGGUGGGGCUCUCCUACAACGCCACAACGGGGCGACUGUCGGUCGAGAUGAUCAAGGGCAGCCACUUCCGCAACCUGGCGAUUAACAGACCGCCUGAUACUUACGGCAAACUCUGUCUCCUCAACUCGGUCGGCCAGGAGAUGUCUCGAUGCAAGACCUCCGUCCGCCGGGGCCAGCCGAACCCCGUCUACAAAGAGACGUUCAUCUUCCAGGUGGCCCUCUUCCAGCUCUCGGACGUCACCCUGAUGAUCUCCAUCUACAACCGCCGCAGCAUCAAGCGCAAGGAGAUGAUCGGCUGGCUCUCCAUGGGGCAGAACAGCAGCGGGGAGGAGGAGCUCAGCCACUGGCAGGAGAUGAGAGAGUCCAAGGGCCAGCAGAUCUGCCAAUGGCACACUCUCUUGGAGUCCUAACCCAGAACUCAGUGCUUCCGGUGCACCCUUUCUCUCUUCUGCCCAUAGGGCAGAAGCCGCCUCC